AGUCAUCACAAACCGACCGAAUCAAUUGCUUUACCCACGUGGCUCUUCUUGAUCAAAAUUAAAUUAUCUUCUUCAUUCUUCUUCUUCUGGCGAUUUCUAGGUUUGGGCUGCAAAAUCGAAUGGAGUGGGACAGCGAUUCCGAUCUCAGCGACGGAGAUGAGGUGGCUGAUGACGGAUGGUUCGGCGGAGAUAGCGGGCCGGUUCCGUUUCCGGAGAUUAGUCUUCCUGGAACGACGCCGUGUGGGUUUGUGGUCAGCGACGCUCUAGAGCCAGACCAACCAAUCAUCUACGUCAACACCGUCUUCGAGAUUGUCACUGGGUAUCGCGCCGAGGAAGUUAUUGGUAGAAACUGCCGGUUCUUGCAGUGUAGAGGUCCAUAUGCUAAAAGAAGGCAUCCCUCUGUAGAUUCCACUGUUGUGUCAAAGAUGCGACAGUGUCUAGAAAAAGGCAUCGAGUUUCAGGGAGAGUUGUUGAACUUCAGGAAAGACGGGUCUCCUUUGAUGAACAAGCUUCGACUAGUCCCUAUCCGUGAAGAUGACGAGAUCACUCAUUUCAUAGGUGUUCUCUCCUUCACCGAUGCUGAUAUCGAUCUCAGCUCAUUUCCUGACUUGUCUGCAAAAGAAAUUCCAAGAAGAUCUCGUUCAUUUUCCUCUGCUUUACCAACCGGAGAGCGUAAUGUUUCUCGUGGACUAUGUGGGAUAUUCGAGCUGAGUGACGAGGUAAUAGCUCUCAAGAUACUGUCUCAGUUGGCUCCGUCUGAUAUUGCAUCAGUGGGUUGUGUGUGCCGGCGGCUUAAUGAGGUUACAAAGAACGAUGAUGUGUGGAGAAUGGUUUGUCAAAACACGUGGGGGACCGAAGCUACACGUGUUCUCGAGAGUAUUCCCGGUGAAAAGAGGAUUGGAUGGGUGCGAUUGGCCCGAGAGUUUACCACACAUGAAGCAAAUGCGUGGAGGAAGUUUACGUUUGGAGGUACUGUUGAGCCUUCCCGGUGUAACUUCAGCGCGUGUGCGGUUGGGAAUAAGAUUGUUAUCUUUGGUGGUGAAGGUGUGAACAUGCAACCGAUGAAUGAUACAUUUGUGUUGGACCUUGGCUCUAGUAGUCCCCAGUGGAAAUCCGUUCUGGUUAACUCUCCUCCUCCUGGUCGUUGGGGUCACACCCUUUCUUGUGUCGACGGAUCCCAUUUAGUAGUCUUUGGAGGUUACGGGAGCCAUGGAUUACUCAACGAUGUCUUCUUACUAGACCUUGAUGCAGACCCUCCUACCUGGAGAGAAGUAUCUGGUUUGGCCCCUCCAAUACCAAGAUCAUGGCAUAGCUCGUGCACACUCGAUGGAACUAAGUUGAUUGUAUCUGGUGGUUGUGCUGAUUCAGGAGCUCUGCUUAACGAUACAUUCCUUCUUGACCUUUCGAUGGAUACACCAACUUGGAGGGAGAUACCAGUUCCUUGGUCUCCUCCAUCUCGCCUUGGACAUACCUUGACCGUCUAUGGUGACCGCAAGCAGUGGCGGAGUGGCCCCCAUCUUGUUGCAUGUGGCUCCGCCACUGACCGCAAGAUCCUCAUGUUUGGUGGUCUUGCGAAAUUGGGAACUUUGAGAUUCCGGUCUAACGAUGUAUUCACAAUGGAUCUUAGCAACGAUGAACCAUGCUGGAGACCGGUGAUUGGUUAUGGAUCUAGCCUUCCGGGAGGCAUGGCAGCUCCACCACCGAGGCUAGAUCAUGUGGCGGUUAGCCUUCCUGGUGGUAGAGUCUUGAUAUUUGGUGGUUCGGUUGCAGGGCUUGCCUCGGCGUCUCAGCUCUAUCUUCUUGAUCCUGCAGAAGAUAAUCCUGCAUGGAGGAUACUGAGUGUUAAGGGAAGUCCACCACGGUUUGCGUGGGGGCACACCACUUGUGUGAUCGGAGGAACUAGGUUGGUCAUUUUAGGUGGUCAAACCGGAGAAGAGUGGAUGCUAAAUGAAGCGCAUGAAUUGUUGUUAGCUACCUCUAGUACUACAAUCAGCUCAUCAAGACAUGAAGAAAAGAGGAUCUUCUAGGUGUUUUUAUCAAAAUGGAAACUCAAAUGUUUGUAGUUGCUCUGUGCAUGGUGAGUUUGUUGAUAUUAGAUGGUUAUCGUGCAGGUUUUAUGUUGUAUAAAGCUAUAAAUUUAUUUUCAUUGUUAACAACAUUAAAGGUAAACUAUAUAAGCUUAGUGGGAGUUAUUGGUUUUUAUAUUUUA